UGGGACAACAAUUAAACACUCCCUGCAUUCGGCCAAUUGUUUUUAUAUAACAAUGGCUCGAGACUCAAUCGAAGUAAUUAAUUAAUUAAUAUCUGAGACAAUGAAGUAUUAAAGUGAAGAUUAUCCUCUUUGGAAAGGUUUCGUCUCAGGAAUUCUCAGGAAUGUGAUUCAUGAUCAGACGCGAUUCUGCUGAAAAAUAUCCAUGGAUUCGAAUACACAUCGCCGGGAUGAUGAAGCAUUUAGCAGACAGAGAAGUAAGCACGACAGCGGAUGGCGCAAUCUUAUUCGGAAUUUUACUCCUGGGUUAGUCGUUCACCACGUGUGUUCUUGGCUUCAAUGCGCUGAUGGGUCGACAGGUGGUUUUCGGUUAAUAUGGGCACAGGAAUCGUCUCGAUUUUGCUCAACACCCUUCCCUAUAAUGGAGAGUGGCUCUAUUGGAUUUCCGUAGUAGUCUUUGCACUCAAUGUGUUGACUUUCGCGAUAUUCCUCUUUCUAUCGAUCCUGAGAUAUGCGUUCUACCCAGAGAUCUUCCCGGUUAUGGUCACCCAUCCAACUCAGUCACUGACCCUGGGUGCAUUCCCCAUGGGUCUGGCAACUAUUAUAAAUAUGAUUUGCUUUGUCUGUGUCCCAUCUUGGGGGCCAUGGGCGAGUUAUCUUGCCUGGGGCUUGUGGAUAGCGAACGUUGUCUUUUCCAUUGCAACGUGUUUUGCACUAUUGUUUAUCAUGACGACGAGUGAAGGUGAGGUUCUUUUGUCGUCCGCAAGUGCAACAUGGCUGCUUCCGAUCGUCUCGUGUGUUGUCACAUCGGCAUCCGGCUCGGUUGUAGCUGAGGUGCUCCCAAAUCCGCAAUAUGCUCUUGGGACCAUUAUCGCAAGUUAUGUGGUAUGGGGAAUUGGCGUUCCGAUGGCAUUGAUGAUGACGGUGAUUUAUUUGUUGCGGUUAAUGCUGUAUAAGCUGCCGCCCAAAGCAGCUAUUGCCAGCACAUUCUUGCCAAUAGGGCCUUUAGGGCAGGGAGGAUAUGGGAUCCAGAAACUCGGACAAGCGGCAAAGAUGGUCUUCCCCCAAACCGGGACACUGCAGCCAGGAACAGGCGACGUUCUAUAUGAUGUUGGAUUUCUUGUUGGGCUGAUAUUCUGGGGCCUCGGGCUCGUAUGGCUUUUCUUCGCAGUAGCAACUGUCCUUCGGGUGCGCAGAUUCUCAUUCAACCUGGGUUGGUGGUCAUUUGUUUUCCCUCUCGGGGUUUAUGCGACCUGUACAAAUCAGCUGGGUCGUGAUAUGCCUUCACGGUUUUUCAGGGUUCUUGGAACAAUUCUCUCUCUAAGCGUCAUUAUAUCGUGGAUGGUGGUGUCAUAUUUCACUGCCAGAGGUAUCUACAAACAGAACUUAAUUGUGGCUCCGUGUUUGACAGCUCUGCAUGAGAAGCAGCAAAGGAAGCUAGAGCAGCAUCGUGAAAGGCAUAGCUAUCCUUGAGUGUACAACAAUAAUGUACAUUAAUGUCAAGUGUAGACACGUGACUUAUACCAAGCCUGUAAGCUGAGCGGACUCCAUAAGUUAACUAGUGACGUUGGAUUAGACCUGUCGAAUGCCCAGAACACACGAAAAAAAAAAAAAGCAAGAUUGCACAGAACUCCUUGAGAAAUCAAAGCAUUGUAUCUAUCAUACUCCUAUUUCACCUU